GCAGUUUCUGAAACUUUGAAUCCUCGUUGGGUCACGCGAGAGUUGCAGCAAUCCAAGAUGGCGGCGCCCAUGAGGUCACGAAUUUGUUGGGCUACAAAAUUCCUGCUGGAUUCCUCCGUUAUCAUGAAACCCAGGGAGCUGUCAGGUGCCAGACGCUUGUUACCAACUGCAGCUGUAGGAAUGCAGGGUCUCACCUGUCAGCACACGUUACACACCUCCACCUGCAGACUACAGGACAUAGACACACCUGAAAACCUUCUGAAGUACAGGUAUAAAUCCCUGGGUAUAGACAGAUGGAACCCACCUGACAUAGAUCCCACAUCAGUAGAGGAACAUCCAGCCAUUCUGGAGAAGGUGAAAGAAGAGAUGGUGUCCCCUGAUGUGGGUCGACUGUUUGCAGUGGUGCAGGUUGCAGGGAAGCAGUUCAAGGUCACGACCGAUGACCUGGUGUUGGUCCAACAGGAGAUGUUCGCAGAUCCAGGAGAGAGAGUUAGACUAGAAAAGGUAUUACUUGUUGGUGGCAAUAACUUCUCAUUGAUUGGGAAACCAAUAUUGAGCCGUGACCAGGUUCGGAUAGAAGCCACAGUCAUUGAAAAGUUCAUGGCUCUCCCUCUCGUUGUGUACAAGUUCAAAAAACGGAAAGGCUACAGGAAGAGGAGAGAUCACUCCCAGCCUUGUACAGUACUGAGGAUCAACAGCAUAGAGGUGGCACCGAACCUUGGCUGAAGACUUUCUGAAGAAUGUUUCCUGUACCAGAUUUACCCCCAGUAUCAGCAAAUAAAGUAGAAAU